AUGCCUCCACAGUCGACACUAAGUAACGACGAAAAAUCGAGUGUACGAGCCGCAAUCAACUCCCCUCCGAACCUCCUCCUGGUCGCAGCGCUCGCCCGCGUCUACUAUGCCUAUCCCACUCCGAAUUCAUGGUCGUAUUCGGGGCUGCAGGGCGCGCUCACGUUCACGCUGGAUAGCGGCAAGAAUGUGUUUGUUCUGAAGCUCGUGGACUUGGCCGGAACGAGAGGCGUCGUUUGGGAGCAUGAACUAUACGAUGGAUUUGAAUACUUCCAAGACAGACCCUAUUUUCAUUCGUUUGCAGGUGAUACGUGCAUGAUAGGACUGGUCUUUGCGGACGAAUCUGAAGCCAAGUUAUUCUACAAGAAAGUCAAUAAAAGGAAAUCCCCAAAUGCGACGAAGAGCAAGUCACAGGAGAAAGCGCAGAAGAAGGCCGCCAAGGGCAAGAUCAACAAAUCCAUGAUCUCUGGCCCUACCGCAGGCUCGUUCAUUCAUAUUGGGCACAUCGGCUUCGACUCGGAUGCAGGCUUCUCGUCGCGUGGCGUCGACAAGUCCUGGCACUCUAUCCUAACCGACUCCCAUAACCAACGCGGGGCGGGUAGUGAAAUCAUAAGGGAGUACGCUACGCAGGAAUCACCAAAGAAGAAACCGCCCCCGCCACCUGCACCGCGACGAUCGCACGCACACAAUGAUAGCUCGUCGUCCGCACAUAAAGUUCCCCCGCCCCCGCCCGCCCCCCGCGCGUCCAGGCAACCGCCUGCUCCUGCCCCUCCUGCCCCUCCCCCGUCUAGGGCUCCUCCCCCGCCCCAGCCAGCAUUUACGCCGCCAGUUCAACCUCCCGCACCUCCUGUUAGGGCACCACCAGCUCCCGUCCAACCCCCAGCACCCCCUCAACCGCCCUCCAGACCCCCGGUCCGCAAUAACGCGCCACCACCGCCUCCCUCCCGCCCUGUCAGUACCGCGCCCGUCGCGCCUCCUCCCCCUCCCGUGCGCAGCGCGCAUACGCCCCUCGCACCCCCACCUGCACCACCCGCUCCACCAUCACGCACAGCCCCCGUUGCACCGGCACCUCCUCCUCCGCCGCCACCACCCCCUCCUCCCAUGGGCGGCCCUCCACCACCUCCGCCACCGCCACCACCGCCUGCGGGUGACAUUGCUGCUAAACUCGAUCUACCCCCGCCCCAGCCUGGUCGAAACGCCUUGUUGGAAUCUAUCCAAGGCAAAGGCAUUCACUCUUUGCGCAAGACCAGCAAUGAACCGUCCUCGCGCGCCGCACCGGCCACGCCUGUUGCAGAAGAGUCCAGCUCUGCGGGCGCUGCAACUGCUGGGGCCGCUGCCGGGGCCGCUGCUGGAGCUGCUGCUGGCGGUGGAGACCUCACCAGCGCCCUUGCACAGGCUCUUUCUGCGAGGAAUAAGAAGCUUGGUGACAGUGACGAUGAAGACGACGACGACGAUGAUUGGGACUGA